AUGAUUACAAGGAACGGUCUGCUGUUGGUCUUUUGGUUUCUCUUGGACAAAGGCUUCCUGGCUCCCCUCCACUCUCCGCCCCAAAGCAGGAUGGGAAGAGAGCAACACCUGAGGGGUGUGGCAGGACUGGGACAGAGGAGACAUGGGGCAUCAGGGGUUCAGAGGGUGAAGAGAGGAUGGGUGUGGAACCAGUUCUUUGUACUGGAGCAAUAUAUGGGAUCGGAACCACAAUAUGUUGGGAAGGUAAGCCACCAUCAUUUUAAAGCUUUCUUUAAGACUUAUCUAUAUCAACUUUCCCACAAUAGGUUGGAAAAGUAAGACAACAUAAUUUCAAGGUUAUGGUUCUCUAAGACUAAUCAAUAUACACCUCUUAACUUCUGUCUUUAUUCUACUGAUGACAGUUUGAGGUCAGAAAUCAAACUGAAAAGGAGUUCAAAGGCUUGGGCCUCUGUUUGUUAAGACUUUAAGAAUAUAAGAAUACAAGCAGCACGACACGAAUCACAUCUAAUUGCUUGAGCUGCUUGAUCGCUUCUGACUGCGAUAUUGCAAUUUUCUCAGCAUCGGCUCUAAUUAUCCACACACAGAGGAGGUGAAAGGGAUUUUUGGGCAGUUCCAAAUCAAAUUUUAAGAGGCAUUAAGAACCAUUCUGGAAUCUGGCACUUCCAGCUCAAAUUGAAUAAUGGUUUAGAUUGACUUGUCAACUGCUGAUGCCAAGGCAAUCUACCACAGCCUUUCUCAGCACGCACGAUCCCGCUGGAUGUGUUUCUGUUGGCUGAGAAAGGAGGGAUGGGAUAGUCACAUCCACACAUUGUCAAACAGAUGCUACAAUUACUGAGUGAUUCACUCCUCACAGUGGGUGCGUCCCCAAAUGGCACCCUAUUCCCUAUACACUGUAGUGCACUACUACCAUUUGGAAUGUAACCAGUGUCUGUGUUGAGAAUGAGGAUGGCAGAAGUCGUACCCGGCCAGCCCUGAGACCACUGAUUAAUCUGUUGCUGGUUAAUAGGGGACAGUGUGAAGGAUCAGGACCUUGAUUAUCACUGUGAGCUGCAUUUUUGGAAAAGGGAACAUAAACUAAAUCUGGCUUGAAAACCAUGUGACUGCCAGUUCAUGAAUCCCCCUCCAGCCAGAGAGAGCUGUCUAAUGGUUUCUGUUACUCUAUUUAGAAAACCUACAGAGGCAUAUUACAGUAUAUAAAGAUAAUUUUCACCUGACGACUUUCCUCAGCCAUUACUUUGGUUAUUGUUUCUAUAUCGCCUUUGUACUGACAUUUAUUAAGACAACACUAUGAUUUAUAAACAGAUACAAAAUGACAACUUUUAAUUUAACAACAGGUAAUGGCCACAGCCUUCCUGGCAAAAACAGGAGAAAAAGCAUUUUCUUCCAUUAGUCGCACACCUUUGUGUGAGCAUUUUGAAGACAGAAAAUGACUGCACCACUGAUCCACGUUGCCCAAAGCUCCUCUGCUGUGUUUGUUCCCAUGUAUUAUGCAACUGUAGAGGCAGACACAGACAAAGCUGACCAACUAAGAGUGAAAGAUCCACAUUUAAACACCAGUUUGCCUUGUGCCCCUGGAUCUGACAUUCAGCAAGCCUUAUGGGGAAAACAGUUAUAUGCUGCUGUACUCUGUACAACUAAACAGUCUGCUACUGGGCCCCAUACUAAGCAAAUGCCAUCUGCAAGGAAGACUGAGCUAGUGGGCUUGUCUGGUCUAAACUAAAACACACUAAGCUUCUCUCUAGUCUAAAUCACUGGGUUAAAUUGUUUGUGGUGCUGAUGAUCAUUUAAGCAUUCUGGUUGGGUCUCUCAAGGAUAGCCACUUCUCAGUUGAAACUACAACAUGUCACUUUGGCUAUCAUAUCAUUUUGCAUUGCAUGUUUGCAGCUACAACUAGAAAACCGGUAUAUGCAGAGCCAAUAGCCCCCAUGACUAUUCAUUGCAGAGAAAUGCUGCAUCAGAUGAUAAACUGCUCAUCAUUUGCUUCAAUCAUGAAAAGAGCACACCUCUCACACCCUUUUGAGCAAGGAUAUAUCAACCCCUUGCCUCCUAUUCCUUAUUGCUGAAUAACCUUUUACAAUGACACGUUCAUUUAUCUUACUGUUGCCCCUGUAUGUGACUAUCAGACACCCAAAUGACCACAUGAUGUAUCAUAGUAUAUGGAUUCAGCUAAAUAUCAUUCUAUUCUAUAACUGCCUGAUGCCGACAGUUACCCCAUCCCAACACUACUUUGUACUCAGGACACAAGCGAUUCAUUGGCAUUAAAGCACUGGAUGGAUGCUGUUAAAUAUUCCAUUCAAAUAUUUAUUUCCUCCCGAUUUAUUUUAAUCCAGACAUUGUUCCUGUGGAGGUUUCAUUUGGGGUUUUUUUAUACCACAAAUGGCAUUAAUAUCCGAUUCACUUUAAAAAUCAUUAUAUCCGAACCCACUGUCAAGAGUAAAAUCGUGUUCUGCCUGCUGAAUGCGGUACAUCAGACAGUGAGUGAAUGGACAUAAAACAAUGUAAUGAGUGACUGUGUCUUGAGAUUCAGCCCUCUGAUUUAAUUACAUUUAAUUCACUGCCUUUCUAAAUAAACCAUUAAUCUCAUGGAUGGAAAGGGUUUUAUUGUCCCCUGCAUACUGAAACUGAAUCACAGGCUAUGUACCAAAUGGCAUCCUAUUCCCUAUAUAGUGCACUACUUUUGACCAGAUCCCUAUGGGCCCUGGUCAAAAGCAGUGCACUACAUAAGGGCAGGGGUCAGAAACAGGUGUGGCCCCCCAAAGUUUUUAGUAAGAAAAUCACCAGGAAUUCAGCUAAAAAGAUAUAUAUAUUUAGGAAAUCUGUUCCCAAGUAUUCCCACAAAUAAAGAAAGUGACAUACUGUAUGUGAUCGUGUCUCAAUGUAAUCAAGGUAUGAAAUUAUUGUUAUUUUCAAAUAAAAUCUCUUAAUGGGCUUAGUUGUGGUCAAUUUAUUAUAAUUAUGGUCUGGCCCCAUGACCAAAAAUCAGCCCGCAGUUGAAUUUAGUUGCCAUCCCCUGACAUAGGGAAUAGGACGGGACUCAUCCCAUUUUAUCGUUGUUGUUGUGGCUCAUGGAUUAUCUGCUAUGUAAAUCCUAACCCUUGCCAUCCAGCCUAAGUAAUGAAUCCCUUUAUGGGAUAACCGAGCCACAGGUCAACUAAAGGAUUUCUUCAUUAACUCGGGGGUCUGUGCUCUGCCACUGCAGUAUAUGUAUUUAUCAAUGGCACAACAUGUCCUCAGCAUUUCCAUAUGGUCGGUGAUGGUUGGAAGGAAUGAGGAGGAAAUAGACACAGCUCAGCAACAAAACUCUGUCCCCUAUGCAUCUUGUCAUCCAUCAAACAAGACACUGUAUGCACUUAUGCUCAAGUCUCAUAAGUAUAUGUGUAUUCCUACUCUGAUUCUCUAUGCAGCUUCACACUGACCUGGACAGGGGCGACAGCAACGUGAAGUACACUCUCUCAGGAGAAGGAGCCGGAACCAUCUUCACCAUAGACCAGACGACGGGUGACAUCCAUGCCUUGAUGGGUCUGGACAGAGAGGAGAAGUCUUACUACACGUUACGAGCCCAGGCUGUGGACAUGUACACAGGCAGGCCUCUGGAGCCUGAGUCUGAAUUCAUAAUCAAAGUUCAAGACAUCAACGACAAUGAACCAAAGUUCUUGGAUGGCCCAUAUACUGCCAGUGUCCCAGAGAUGUCACCAGGGGGUAAGAAAGGCACCUACAGUGGCUUGGGAAACUAUUCACCCCCCUUGGCAUUUUUCCUAUUUUGUUAAAUUACAACCUGGAAUUAAAAUGGAUUUUUGGGGGGUUUGUAUUACAUUUACAUUUACAUCAUUUACCAGACGCUCUUAUCCAGAGCGACUUACAAAUUGGUGCAUUCAACUUAUGAUAGCAAGUGGGACAACCACUUUAUUUUAUUUUAUUUUUAUGUGGGGUGGGGGAAGAAGGAUUACUUUAUACUAUUCCAUGUAUUCCUUAAAGAGGUAGGGUUUCAAGUGUCUCCGGAAGGUGGUCAGUGACUCCGCUGUCCUGGCGUCGUGGGGGAGCUUGUUCCACCAUUGGGGUGCCAGAGCAGCGAAUAGCUUUGACUGGGCUGAGCGUGAACUGUGCUUCCAUAGAGGUAGGGGAGCUAGCAGGCCAGAGGUGGAUGAACGUAGUGCCCUCGUUUGGGUGUAGGGUCCGAUCAGAGCCUGAAGGUAAGGAGGUGCCGUUCCCCUCACAGCUCCGUAGGCAAGCACCAUGGGCUUGUAGUAGAUGCGAGCCUCAACUGGAAGCCAGUGGAGUGUGCGGAGUAGUGGGGUGACAUGAGAGAACUUGGGAAGGUUGAACACCAGACGGGCUGCAGCGUUCUGGAUAAGUUGUAGGGGUUUAAUGGCACAGGCAGGGAGCCCAGCCAACAGCGAGUUGCAGUAAUCCAGACGGGAGAUGACAAGUGCCUGGAUUAGGACCUGUGCCGCUUUCUGUGUAAGGUAGGGUCGUACUCUGCGAAUGUUGUAGAGCAUGAACCUGCAGGAUCGGUCACCGCUUUGAUGUUAGUGGAGAAUGACAGGGUGUUGUCCAGGGUCACGCCAAGGUUCUUUGCACUCUGGAAGGAGGACACAAUGGAGUUGUCAACCAUGAUGGCGAGAUCAUGGAGCGGGCAGUCCUUCCCCGGGAGGAAGAGCAGCUUCGUCUUGCCGAGGUUCAGCUUGAGGUGGUGAUCCGACAUCCACACUGAUAUGUCUGCCAGACAUGCAGAGAUGCGAUUCGCCACCUGGUUAUCAGAAGGGGGAAAGGAGAAAAUUAAUUGUGUGUCGUCUGCGUAGCAAUGAUAGGAGAAACCAUGUGAGGAUAUGACAGAGCCAAAUGACUUGGUGUAUAGAGAGAAUAGGAGAGGGCCUAGAACUGAGCCCUGGGGGACACCAGUGGUGAGAGCACGUGGUGCGGAGACAGAUUCUCGCCACGCCACCUGGUACGAGCGACCUGUCAGGUAGGACACAAUCCAAGAGUGAGCAGCGCCGGAGAUGCUAAACUCGGAGAGGGUGGAGAGGAGGAUCUGAUGGUUCACAGCAUUAAAGGCAGCGGAUAGGUCUAGAAGGAUAAGAGCAGAGAGAGUUAAGCUUUAGCAGUGCGAAGAGCCUCCAUGACAUAGAGAAGAGCAGUCUCAGUUGAAUGACCAGUCUUGAAAUCUGACUGGUUUGGAUCAAGAAGGUCAUUCUGAGAGAGAUAGCAGGAGAGUUGGCUAGAGACGGCACGCUCAAUAGUUGUAUCAUUUGAUUUACACAACAUGCCUACCACUUUGGAGAUGCAAAAUAUUUUUUGGGGUGAAACAAACAAGAAAUAAGACAAAAAAACUGAACACUUGAGCGUGCAUAGCUAUUCACCCCCCCAAAGUCAAUCCUUUGUAGAGCCACCUUUUGCAGCAAAUCCAGCUGCAAGUCUCUUGGGGUAUGUCUCUAUAAACUUGGCACAUCUAGCCACUGGGAUUUUUGCCCAUUCCUCAAGGCAAAACUGCUCCAGCUCCUUCAAGUUGGAUGGAUUGCACUGGUGUACCUAGGCUUUGACUAGGCCAUUCCAAGACAUUUAAAUGUUUCCCCUUAAACCACUCGAGUGUUGCUUUAGCAGGAUGCCUAGGGUCAUUGUCCUGCUGGAAGGUGAACCUCCGUCCUAGUCUCAAAUCUCUGGAAGACUGAAACAGGUUUCCCUCAUGAAUUUCCCUAUAUUUAGCGCCAUCCAUCAUUCCUUAAAUUCUGACCAGUUUCCUAGUCCCUCCCGAUGAAAAACAUCCCCACAGCAUGAUGCUGCCACCACCAUGCUUCACUGUGGGGAUGAUGUUCUCGGGGUGAUGAGAGGUGUUGGGUUUGUGCCAGACAUAGCAUUUUCCUUGAUGGCCAAAAAGCUCAAUUUUAGUCUCAUCUGACCAGAGUACCUUCUUCCAUAUGUUUGGGGAGUCUCCCACAUGCCUUUUAGAGAACACCAAACGUGUUUGCUUAUUUUUUUUUUAAGCAAUGGCUUUUUUCUGGCCACUCUUUCCUUAAAGCCCAGUUCUGUGGAGUAUACGGCUUAAAGUGGUCCUAUGGACAGAUACUCCAAUCUCUGCUGUGAAGUUUUGCAGCUCCUUCAGGGUUAUCUUUGGUCUCUUUGUUGCCUCUCUGAUUAAUGCCCUCCUUGCCUGGUCACUGAGGUUUGGGGGGCGGCCCUCCUGUGAUGCCAUAUUCUUUCCAUUUUUUAAUAAUGCAUUUAAUGGUGCUCCGUGGCAUGUUCAAAGUUUCUGAUAUUUUUUUAUAACCCAACACUGAUCUGUACUUCUCCACAACUUUGUCCCUGACCUGUUUCGAGAGCUCCUUGGUCUUCAUGGUGCCGCUUGUUUGGUGGUGCCCCUUGUUUAGUGGUGUUGCAGACUCUGGGGCCUUUCAAAACAGGUGUAUAUAUACUGAGAUCAUGUGACAGAUCAUGUGACACUUAGAUUGCACACAGGUGGACUUUAUUUAACUAAUUAUGUGACUUCUGAAGGUAAUUGGUUGCACCAGAUCUUAUUUAGGGGCUUCAUAGCAAAGGGGGUGAAUACAUAUGCACGUACCACUUUUCCGUUAUUUAUUUUUUAGAAUUCUUUGAAACAAGUUUUUUAUUUAUUUAAUUUCACCAAUUUGGACUAGUUUGUGUCUGUCCAUUACAUUAAAUCCAAAUAAAAAUUCAUUUAAAUUACAGGUUGUAAUGGAACAAAAUAGGAAAAACGCCAAUGGGGAUGAAUACUUUUGCAAGGCACAAUAUACUGUACUUUUUGGCUUAUACAAAUCCAUAUGGGGUAAAGUUACUAUGACAAUUGGACAUUAAGCUACACUAGGGUAUUUGAAGGGAAUCCUGUAGGUAUACAGGCCUAGUUCUACUGUCUAUGAAUUUCAUCAUCAUAAAAUCAUAUGAUUGAGAUCUGACUCCAAUUGGAAUGAUAGGCAAAGGUUGCUGUUGGGUGGUUUCAUUUCAAGUCAUGGCACGCAGGUGGCAUUGGUGUUUUUGUGUUGUGAUGUUUUUGCAGUAAAAAGGAAUAAAGUCCACUAUUUUGACACUCAUUCACAGUAAAUUGUGGUGGACUCAACAAAUGUUGCUAGUCUCGAACAAACCGUGCCAGUUUUUCUAAACGUUUGUCCCGCACACUGAUCACCAUGAGCAGUGGUAGGGACCCAAAGAAUGCUAACAAUUUGGCCUAAAGCCAAACAUUUUCAGUCUUUAUAUGAUACAGGCUACGUCCGUGUUUAAGUGGUACAAAAGGAUUAAGUGGUACAAAACACUGAAUUGAUAUUAAAUCAAAGUAAUAGCGGUUAGUUCUUCUACCUAUUUUGAGCACAGGUUGGAUACCAUGGAUACAGUAUCCAUAUUAGGACACUCUCAGUUUCAGUAAGAGUUGGUCUCAGUAGAAGUGGAGUUGGUCUCAGUAGAAGUUGAAUUAUUAUUAUUAUUUAUUUAACUAGGCAAGACAGUUAAGAACAAAUUCUUAUUUACAAUGAUGGUGAAUUAUUAUGAAUGAACUGUAGAGUUUAAUGGACUAUGAGGUAGAACUGGGUUAAUGAAGAGCAUAAAGUUAGAAUUCUUUGUUACUGGGCCAGGAAUUGUAUUGGGUCAUUUAAUUUCACUGUGUGGGUGAGUAGAGAAGGAAUCUGCCCUAGGGUCAGAUUGCUUGCUCUUACUUAAAUCCAUGGCUGUCUUAUCUGAUGAGAGACUGAAACUAGCUUGUGGCCUUUUGUCUCUCUCUUCAAACACAGUGAAGGGAGCGGCACCAGGGUUGAAUAGAGUUUGGGCUAGACCUUUGUCUCCUUGGUAUCUUCUUGAUUGAUUACAGCAUGAGGGGGUGAGGUUUGUGGAUGAUUCAAGAAUUUAGGGCCUUGUCAUGUUUAAACUAAACAUGAGUGUGUGUGCAAGACAGGGGAGCGAGUGAUUGGUUGGAGUAAUAGUUCAGCCGUCCUCAGGGACAAAGGAAGUGGGUGUGGAGUGAUAAAGAGCGGGAAACUGAAGAGGGAGGGAUUUAGAGCUAGAAGAGUUGGGGAUGAUGGGAUAUAAUGUGACGUGAGGAAGGAGAACGGGGUGCCAUUCUGUAGACUGGUAUCGGCUUUGUUGAAAUUUUAAUAAAGUCAUUUCUUGAUGCAACAAAAACUCUGUAAGACCUUAUUUGUAAUAAAGUAUAGUGGUUAUUUUCCACAACACCUACACCGGCCAAACCCAGACGAUGCUGGGUCAAUUGUGCGCCGCACUAUGGGACUCCCAAUCACGGCCGGUUGUGAUACAGCCUGGAAUCGAACCAGGGGGUCUGUAGUGACACUGAGAUGCAUUGCCUUAGACCUCAGUCUCAGUAGAAGUUGAAUCCAUCUCAGUAAGAAUUGAGUCAUUCUCAGUAAGAGUUGAGUCAGUCUCAGUAGGAGUUGAGUCAGUCUCAGUAGAAGUUGAGUCAGUCUCUAUAGAAGAUGAGGGUGUCUCCGUAAAAGUUGAGUCAGUCUCAGUAAGAGUUGAGUCAUUCUCAGUAGGAGUUGAGUCAGUAGAAGUUGAGUCAGUCUCAGUAAGAGUUGUCUUUCCUCUUUUUCUAUCUUCCUUUCCUAAAUCCCUUUCCUUCGUUCCUUUCCUAGCUUCCUUUCCUCCUUUCCUAGACCCCUUUCAUUCUUUAAUUUCCUAGCUCUCUUUUCUCCUUUCCUUUCUUAGCUGUAUUUCCACCUUUCCUAACUUCCUUACCUCUUUUCGUUCCCUAACUCCUUUCCUCCUAUUGGUUCUAAGCUUCCUUUCCAAUCAUCCAUUCCUAGCAUUAUUUCCUACAUAUAUUUCCUUAAUUCCUUUCCUAGCCUCCUUUCCUAGCCCCUAUCCUUAUUUCAUUUCCAAGCACUAUUUCCUAAUUUCCUUUCCUAUCUUCCUUUCCUAUUUUCCUUUCCUAGCUCUAUUUCCUCCUUUCCUAGAUAAAGGAGCUAGUAGAGGAGGAAAGGAAGCUAGGAAAGGAUAGGAGGAAGGGGAGCUAGGAAUCCAAAGGAGGAGAGGAAAGGAAGGCAAGGGUUCAAGGAAAUUAAGCUAGGAAAUUAGGAAAGAAAGAUAGGAAAGGCAGAAAGGAAGCUAGGAUAGGAGGAAAGGACAUUUUGUUUGUAAAGAAUAGGAGGAAAGGUAGCUAGGAUUAUGCAAAGUGAGUGCAAAUGUAUGUGGUAAGGAUUCACAAGCCGCCAGUAGAUGUCAAUAGUAUUGGCUUUAAUGCGAGGCCAGUUAUUUUGUGACAGGCCAGUUUUAGUGACAACCAAUGGUGUCAUACUGACACAUUAUCAGUAACCACAGCUGUCACCGAAAGGUGGUAGCAUAAUCAUCAUAUAUUCAUUACUCUCCUUAUGUUCUAAAGAAAUGUACGUAAAUGUAACUUGUGUCACCGUGCUGCUACCAGCUUCUCUUCCUCCACUGUCCCUGUCCCCUUAUUGGGCUCAAACCAGUGGUCCUCUGAUUGCAAAUACACGUGACUGCCCGCCUGACAAACAGACCAGGGGUGCAUUCAGUAGGAUGCAACGUUUUGGAAUGUUCAGAUAGAAAUAUGCUAUGUAGAACAAACACCCUUCUCUGACAUGUAGAAUAAGGAAUCACUUAGUCUCUACUCGUGGCGUAUCUAUCUACAAUGUUCAACAAUGUUUGGCUACCGAACGAGGCCCUGCUGUCAAAAAACAAUGGAGGCUUUAUUUAGCAUUGGCAGCGCCAUUAAGGACUUUCACUAUUUUUAAAUAAUCAACUUGGUGGGACUUCCUAUGGGUUAAGGAAGGAUCACAUGAUUCCAUCCGGGUCAUCGGGAGGGAUCAGCCAAGAAUUAUACCCUUGAGCAAACAUUCCAUAACUGCAGGUGGCAGUAAAUCGCAAACCUUGGCUUUAUACCUGUUCAUGGAAACCAUGUGUUUGAUGUUUUUGAUACCGUUCCACUAAUUCCGCUCCAGUCAUUAACAGGAGCCUGUUCUCCCCAAUUAAGGUGCCACCAACCUCCUGUGGUGAAAGCGCAGAAACACAAACAUAAGAAACAACGAUAUGAAAAUCUCCCGAGUGGCGCAGUGGUCUAAGGCACUGCAUCGCAGUGCUAGCUGUGCCACUAGAGAUCCUGGUUCAAAUCCAGGCUCUGUUGUAGCUGGCUGUGACCGGGAGACCCAUAGGGCGGCGCACAAUUGGCCCAGGGUAGGGGAGGGAAUGUCCGGCAGGGAUGUAGCUCAGUUGGUAGAGCAUAGCGUUUGCAACGCCAGGGUUGUGGGUUCGAUUCCCACGGGGGGCCAGUUUGAAAAAUAAAUGAAAAUAAUGUAUGCACUCACUAACUGUAAGUCGCUCUGGAUAAGAGCAUCUGCUAAAUGGCUAAAAUGUUUUAAAAAAUGUAAAUGUAAUAAGAUUAUAUGAAAUAAAGAAAACCUCUACCUCAUGCUGCCUAGUCUUUAUAUUAGUUAUGCCUGCUGAUUUUUUAAAGCUGUUUUAAAGCAAAUUUCCUGAAAUUCUAUGCAUUCUUACAUGUAUUAUGUGUGUUUAUAUGAUACCAGGGGUCGAAGCCCGACAACAAAAAAUACAAAAUAGCUUAUGUAGCUUACAUUGCAUGCCAGAAUUUGUCAAAUUAUGUCAUUAAAUGUUUCAUUAUGAAUUCAAAAGAAUCUUGUACUAUUCUUAAGACAUAAUGCUCAAAGUUAUGAAAAUAACAGUAUUUAUUAACAAUUUCCUUCCCUUUGUCUCUGUAUGAUGCACAGGUACUUUUGUUAUGCAGGUGACUGCCACAGAUGCUGACGACCCCACCUAUGGGAAUAGUGCACGGAUCGUGUACAGUAUCCUACAUGGACAGCCUUACUUUUCAGUCGACUCCAAAACUGGUGAGAUCACAACAUAGUUGGAAUCAAGGCACAUCCACAUCCACAAUAUCAAAUGGAGAGAUUUGAAAACCAAAGAGUUAAAUGUGUUAACGGCCUUUACAAUGGCAAAAUGUAAAGCUUUACCACUGCAAUAUGUGAUUAUUGUAAAUACUUUGAGAUUAUAUUGCAGCUGAAGUUGGACUGAGAGUAUAGGGGAACACUCUGAAUCGGUGGCAACUUGUGACCCUGUAGUACCCGUACCAUGAGACUCACUCCUGAUCAAACGCUAUUCACACAGGGAGAGGCACUAUUAGGGCAGAUUAGUAUUUUGCAGGGUGUCAAAGGUCUCCUUUUUCUGACAUCUUACACAGAUGUGUAACAUUCUCCUUAAUGAAUGCAUGAGUCAAAAUCCACCUCUUCUCUAUUCCCUCGACUAACAUCAAAGAGGAUACGAUCUCUUAUAAUCACAACUCAUCUCUCUUUCUUCCCCUCACUACUCUUUGCUCUUGCUUGCCUCUCCCUCUCUCUCUCUCUCACACACACACACACACACACACACUCACAUCUUCUCCGUUGCUUUUUGUGACCUUGAACAGGGGUUAUCAGGACUGCGUUGCCUAACAUGGACCGUGAAGUGAAGGAGCUGUACCAGGUCCUUAUUCAGGCAAAAGAUAUGGGCGGUCAGCUGGGAGGACUAGCCGGAACCACCACCAUUAACAUCACCCUCAGCGACGUCAACGACAACCCACCCAGGUUUUCAAAAAGUGUGCCAAAUUGCAUUUUAAUGACAAUGGCUUUGUUUGCUAUUACCCAAUGAAUCUAACAAGUACUGUAUGAAUAUUGUGGGCACUGAAAGUGAAUCUUUCUGCACAUAAGGGAUCUCAUCAUAUCUCUAGGCAAUUAGAUGUUACUUUAAUAAUUGUCAUAUAUAUUUGUAUGAGCUGUUUAUAUAUAAUCAAUGGUUUAACAACACCAGCGAAGUGAUGCUUGUAUAAAUAGGCUUCACAUUAUUAAAAGAGGGUAAUGUGAGUCGCUGGUCCUUACAUAAAACUACAACCGAGACUUGACUCAUACAAGAAGCAGCCAAUGACAUCUUUUGUACUUCUACAUUUUAAUCUAUUUUUAUUGUAUGGCAGGUAUAUUCCAUCUCAGGGUCCCAGAGUCUUCAUCAGUGGGCUCAGCAGUGGGGAAGAUCAGAGCUCAUGACCUGGACUCUGAGAAGAAUGCAGAGGUGGAAUAUUCUAUUGUUCCUGGAGAUGAAGGAAACAUGUUUAACAUCACCUCCAACGGGGACAGUCAAGAGGGAAUCAUAGUCCUUAGUGAGGUAGGAAUUAACAACCCUUCACCAGUCACUUCAUUUUACUUGAACCAUUUUACUCUGUGAUGAGGAAAGGUCCACACAUGAUCUCCAUCGCACUCUGUUUUGGGCCAGUUUCUCAAGUAAGAAUUGCAGAUCUGUUAUGAUAGAUCAUGAGCAAAGCUGUGCUCAUUUAGAUCAUUAAACUGAUGUACUACAUAGGCCUUGGAAUAUUAAUAGAAAAUUGCUGCAUACAUCCUUUUAUCACAACUACAAACCAUCCUCAGAACCUAACCAUGAGGAAGUAUGGAGAAAAUGAUUAUCCCUAUUUUCUAGCAGUCCAAAAAUGAAUUUUGAUAUUUUUCCAGGAAAAUGCUUGGAUGUGUUUGGAUAUAGCCUACAUGAAUAAAUUAAUACUUUUGAGGCUAUGAUCAGACAACACACCUCCUGAUUGGAUGUGACAAGCAGGAAUCCCUUUAGACAUCCCCUUUACAACAGCUUAUUCUGUCUCUGUGGCCCACAGACUCCCAAACACUGGUAUCCUAUCUUCACAUAAGUGGGUAGUUGCACCAAAGCUUUUGAACUGGGUUUGAGUGCAUGUCUCGUCUGGGUUUGGAUGAUAUUAUUAUUCACAGAUGGGGUGUGUAUCUUGCAGCUAUGUGAGUUACCUUGAUAGAAGUAUAUCAAAGUGCUACUUGCACUUGUCUAGAUGUUGAUAAUGAACAUUCAACACAUUAGGCACUUUCUUGCAAAUAUAUAGUGGGGAUAUACAAAGGCACUUUUGCCUUCUGAAAUUGAAAUGAUUGUAGGGCUAUAGGUCUAUUUGUAGCUGUUUGUUCCUCUGCUAAAACAGCACCUGUAAAACUGUGAAAGCCCAUGUGUUGGAGGAAAGGAUGGAAAAUGGCUUGGGGAGGGUUCAGCCAAGGUCUGUCACAGUGUGUGAUAAGAGGAUUUGGAAGAGUAACAGGUUCAAGUGAUAAUCACCUCCGUCAAAAUAAAAUAUUAUAGUGAAACUUAUAGGUAAACUAUCUGUGGGAUUCAAAUGCCCUCUACAUAUAUUUAUGUGCCAAGAUAUCGGGUCUAUACUUUGUUUCUAUAUUGGACAGUGCUGGAUAUAGUUUAGGCUUAAAAGCCCUCCCAAUUUAAGAUAUGGUUCAAGACUCCAGUAGUUAUUAUCUGUAAGGUUCCAACCAAAAUAACACCAAAGCGAUUAUAAAAAACUGUAGUAUGCAGGAAGUCAAGCAUUUUGAUAUGGAAAUGUCAAUCCUUUAUACGUUAGAACAUCAACCACAGUAAUCUAUUUUAUUUAUUUGAGAUAAUAUGAUCUCUUUCCAUGCCGAAAAUAGUUAUUACCAUGUGGGUUAUCAGUGAAUUAAAAAAAAGUGUGCCCUCACACAUGAAGUGGGAGGUUGAGGCGCUAUGCUAUCCCAUGGAUCUCCUUUAUGAUGAGACAUGGCAGGUGAGUCAGGCACUUAGGAGGGCACAGUGAAAACAGCAGGAGCUUCCUGAUACAAAUACUGUGAUUGACACCUCUGUGCCGUUAAUAAGAAGGAAUUGUCACUAGGUUGUGGGUGUGUGGUGGGAGGUAGAGUUGGAGGAUAUAGGCCCAAACCAACAAAGGAUGGGUUCAAUUUCCAGAUAACAAUAUUUUCCCUGCUAAUUUGCAUGUAUGCAGUGUUGCAAGAAUUGUGUUCCCUGCAGGUAACGCUGAGCGGUGCUUUUUGGAUGGGAUGGCACACAUGCUGUGGUGUCUGUCCUCCUGCAUCUCCUGCCCAGUCCUGUUGUCUGUCUGGUUGUUAUGCAGUCAGCAGGGUGGCUGCCCAUUCCACAGACAACCAGACUUUUGCAUGUGUGUGUCUCAGACAGGGACUGAUGUGUGUGUGUUGACAGUGAAAACUGCUCUGCUGUCAAUGCUAACUAGGGACCCAGCUGAGUUAAUGUGAGACUGUAAUAUAGGGUUAGAAAGCUGUUCUCAAAGUGUCUUCCUGAAAAUGUGUUAAAACCCCAAACAUUGGCUGUUCAAGUCUCAAAUUGCUUAAAAACUGAGACACUGAAGAACAUGAUUCUGUAUUGGAAAAGGAAUAUUGAAACUAACCCUUUUGGUUCAUUUAACAUAAAUCAAUCUUGGUUGGUGCAAUUAACAGGCAUGUUUCCAUAUCAAAGUGCUUGACUUCCGUGUCUGUUGAGCAUACUAAACCAAACAGAGAUGUUAACAAACUGAAUAAAUGCAUUUCACCUUUCACUCAUUAUCUUUCAGCAUCUCGACUAUGAAACCAAAAGGUCAUACACCUUUAAAGUGGAGGCCUCCAAUGCUCACCUGGAUCCCCGGUUCCUCCUCCGGGGCCCCUUCAAAGACACUGCCACCGUCAAGGUCAACGUGCUGGAUGUGGAUGAACCCCCUGUGUUCACUAAGACCUCUUACACUAUAGAUGUGUAUGAGGACACUCCUGUGAGCACCAUCAUUGGAUCUGUUACAGCGCAGGACCUAGAUGCAGGUACCAGUGCAGUUAGGUAAGGACUCUUGAAUACAUUAAUACAUACAUGUAUAGUAAGUCAUAUGUACCUACUGUAUGGUUAUUCAAAAUGAGAUUCAUCAAGGCUGGUGUUGAGAAAUGGGACCAUGAUGGAUUGAGGUAUUUUCCAUUUGGGCACCUGUAUCCGACACCUUAAAUGGCAACAAAACUCAGCUGUCAACAUAGAUCAACUGUACAGUAUCUAUUUAGCGAGAUGGGAGUAUUUUGGUAUGGUGACUGGAGUGUUGGAUGUUUGAUUUAACCAACAGAGACACACUUUCCUCCUCAGAGUUAUGAACACUGACAACUAAUAUCCAUUUGGCUUGUUGUUUUUCUGUUCUUCCAAAUGUUUUCAAAGUACAGUUGACUUCCUGUUGGUGUUGAGAGACAGAGCGUGAGACACAGGACAUCUGCACAAGAACAUAAAAAUACGUUGUGGCCCAGCAGUGUGUUCUUUGUUAUCGAUGAAUAUUUAAUGUCUUUCUAGAAAUGGAGGAUGCAGUAAUUCACCUUGCUUAAAAGGCCGUCCUUGUUAUGUCUGCUUAAUAUUUAAAAGCAUUACAUUUGUCAUUGUUCUUAUGGGACAUGAAACACUUAAACAUACUAGAACGCUGAUCAGAACACAAUCACAUGGCAUUCUAUUCCCUAUCAGGGUCUGGUCAUAAGAAGUGCACUAUAUAGGGAAUAAGGUACUAUUUGGUACGCAUCCCUAGUUUCUACAUGAAAAAUGAAUAAUUAUUAUUCUGUGUAAUGUUUGCCGUCAUUACCUUGGUCUUUCUUUGAUUAAUCGUUAUGACAUUUCUCCUUCGGGACCAAUAAAAUAUUUAAGCCUAUCUAUCUCUAUAGACCUAUUACAUUCAGAUUUUCUAUUACAGUGCCUUCAGAAAGUAUUCACACCCCUUGACUUUUUCCACAUUUUGUUGUGUUACAGCCUGAUUUUUAAAUUUAUUAAAUUGAGAUUUUUGGGGUCACUGCCCUUCACACAAUACCCCAUAAUGUCAAAGUUGAAAUAUGUUUUUUUCAAAAUGUUUACAAAUUAAUAAAAAAUGAAAAGCUGAAAUGUCUUCAGUCAGUAAGUCAGUAAGUUUGUUAUGGAAAGCCUAAAUAAAUGUAGGAGUAAAAAUGUGUUUAACAAGUCACUCUAUGUGCAAUAAUAGUGUUUAACAUGAUUUUUGAAAGACUACCCCAUCUCUGUACCCCACACAUACAAUUAUCUGCAAGGUCCCUCAGUCGAGCAGUGAAUUUCAAACACAUAUUUAACCACAAAGACCAGGGAGGUUUUCCAAUGCCUCGCAAGGAAGGGCACCUAUUGGUAGAUGAAAAAAAAAGCUGACAUUGAAUAUCCCUUUGAGAAUGGUGAAGUUAUUAAUUACACUUCGGAUGGCGUAUCAAUACACCCAGUCAGUACAAAGAUAAAGGCGUCCUUCCUAACUUAGUUGAGAGGAAGGAAACCGUUUAUGGAUUUCACCAUGAGGCCAAUGGUCACUUUAAAACAAUUAAAGAGUUUAAUGGCUGUGAUAGCUACUCCACAAUACUAAACUAAUUGACAGAGUGAAAAGAAGGAAGCAUGUACAGAAUAAAAAUAUUCCAAAACUGUUUACAAAAAGGCACUGAAGUAAUACUGCAAAAUAUUUUGCAAAGCAAUUAACUUUUUGUCCUGAAUACAAAGUGUUAUGUACCACUCUCCAUAUUUUCAAGCAUAGUGGUGACUGUAUCAUGUUAUGGGUAUGCUGGUAAUCAUUUUAGACUGGGGAGUUUUUCAGGAUAAAAAAGAAACGGAAUGGAGAUAAACACAGGCAAAAUCCUAGAGGAAGACAUGGUUAAGUCUGCUUUCCACCAGACCCUGGGAGAUGAAUUCACCUUUCAGCAGGACAAUAACCUAAAACACAACGCCAAAUCUACACUGGAGUUGCUUACCAAGAAGGCAGUUAAUGUUCCUGAGUGGCCGAGUUACAGUUUUGACUUAAAUCUGCUGAAAAUCCAUGGCAAGACCUGGAAAUGGUUGUAUAGCAAUGAUAUUAUUAUUACCCAGAAAGACUCACAGCUUUAAACGUUGCCAAAGGUGCUUCCACAAGUAUUGUUUUCACGUUGUCAUUAUUUAAUCCAUUUUGAAUUCAGGCUGUAACACAACAAAAUGUGGAGUAAGUCAUGGGGCAUGAAUACUUUCUGAAGGCACUGUACAUGCAAAUUAAGAUGUGGAAAGAAUAGUUCAGCUGGAAGUAUUGAUUAAAAGAUGCUGUGUGAGGUUGAAGAAAUCAUACUCUAUUUGUUCAGUUGUUUUUUUCAUGUAUUCAUGUUUUUUGUGCAUGUUUUGUAGAUACUCUAUUGAGUGGAAGAGGCCUGUGGACAGCUGCUUUGGCAUUGAUACUGUGGAAGGGACCAUCUCCACCAACGAGAUGUUGGACAGAGAGAGUAAUAGGCAGCACAAUAUCUCUGUUGUGGCCACUAAAGUUAGUAAGUAUAGGACGAAGGGUAAAUAUGUACAGUAUAUAAUAUGUGUUAUUAUACACAGAGUGUAUAAAACAUUAGGAAUACCUUCCUAAUAUUGAAUAGCACCCCCUUUUGCCCUCAGAACAGCCUCAAUUCGUCAGGGCAUGGACUCUACAAGGUGUUGAAGGUGUUCCACAGGGAUGCUGGCCCAUGUUGACUCCAAUGCUUUCAACAGUUGUGUCAAGUUGGCUGGAUGGUCUUUGGGUGGUGGAUCAUUCUUUUUAUUUUUAUUUUAUUUUAUAUUUUAUAAACAAUACAAUACAUACACACACACAAACGACAUCACACAAACAUCAACUACAUCACACCUGCCCAUACCCACUAGCACACACCCCCAUCUCUAGUGCCCACAUGGCCUCAAACUAUACCAUUUUGUUUCUGUUCAUAGCCCACGCACUUUCAAUAUUUAAAUAAUAACUUAUUCGAUUUUUCCAUUGUGUUAAUGAUGGCGGAUUGAUAGAUUUUUAGUGUAUGUUUUUUCAAGGUGAGUGAUGAGAAGAGAAUCGUCCAACCCAUCGGGUAUCUCACUACACCCCCUUAUGCCAUGUCUUGGAAUAUGCAGACAGACGGAUUGAAAGUAUGUUUACAUUGUAAUACUUCUGACAGCCAACUUUCUAGCUCUGCCCACAACUUCCAGACUUUAUAGCAUUCCCAGAAAGCAUGGAUUAUUGAGUCCUUAGAUUUACACUUAAGACAUGACCCUGCUGAUGUGCUAUAGAAUUUGUGAAUUCUGUCUCUUGUAAAUUCUAUACAUUAGUUUAUACUGGAUCAAACGUACAUUUUAGUUAACUGUAAUUUUGUUAGUUAUGCUCCAACCUCCCCUCCAUCUUGUGCCAACAUCAGUUCUUUUUAAGUCUUGGUUCCAAUAGUUUAUAUUUUUUUCUGAGAUUGUUGUUUGGAUAUGCUCUCUGCAAGGUUUUGUAUAUCUUCCCUAUCAUAUUAACAUAAUUUUCUGACUCACAUAAGAUUCCCUCAAGGUUGCUCUGAUGUCCAAAAGAUUUCCUGUUACCAAGUCAUUUACGGUUUCUAUGCCUUUACGGUUUCUAUGGUUGACCAUUCCUGAUACACACGGGAAACUGUUGCGCCUGGCACCUACUACCUACCAUACUCCGUUCAAAGGCACUUAAAUACACUGCUCAAAAAAAUAAAGGGAACACUUAAACAACACAAUGUAACUCCAAGUCAAUCACACUUCUGUGAAAUCAAACUGUCCACUUAGGAAGCAACACUGAUUGAAAAUACAUUUCACAUGCUGUUGUGCAAAUGGAAUAGACAACAGGUGGAAAUUAUAGGCAAUUAGCAAGACACCCCCAAUAAGGACUGGUUUUGCAGGUGGUGACCACAGACCACUUCUCAGUUCCUAUGCUUCCUGGCUGAUGUUUUGGUCACUUUUGAAUGCUGGCGGUGCUUUCACUCUAGUGGUAGCAUGAGACGGAGUCUACAACCCACACAAGUGGCUCAGGUAGUGCAGCUCAUCCAGGAUGGCACAUCAAUGCGAGCUGUGGCAAGAAGGUUUGCUGUGUCUGUCAGCGUAGUGUCCAGAGCAUGGAGGUGCUACCAGGAGACAGGCCAGUACAUCAGGAGACGUGGAGGAGGCCGUAGGAGGGCAACAACCCAGCAGCAGGACUGCUACCUCCGCCUUUGUGCAAGGAGGAGCAGGAGGAGCACUGCCAGAGCCCUGCAAAAUGACCUCCAGCAGGCCACAAAUGUGCAUGUGUCUACUCAAAUGGUCAGAAACAGACUCCAUGAGGGUGGUAUGAGGGCCCGACGUCCACAGGUGGGGGUUGUGUUUACAGCCCAACACCGUGCAGGACGUUUGGCAUUUGCCAGAGAACACCAAGAUUGGCAAAUUUGCCACUGGCGCCCUGUGCUCUUCACAGAUGAAAGUAGGUUCACACUGAGCACGUGACAGACGUGACAGAGUCUGGAGACGCCAUGGAGAACGUUCUGCUGCCUGCAACAUCCUCCAGCAUGAACGGUUUGGCGGUGGGUCAGUCAUGGUGUGGGGUGGCAUUUCUUUGGGGGGCCGCACAGCCCUCCAUGUGCUCGCCAGAGGUAGCCUGACUGCCAUUAGGUACCGAGAUGAGAUCCUCAGACCCCUUGUGAGACCAUAUGCUGGUGCGGUUGGCCCUGGGUUCCUCCUAAUGCAAGACAAUGCUAGACCUCAUGUGGCUGGAGUGUGUCAGCAGUUCCUGCAAGAGGAAGGCAUUGAUGCUAUGGACUGGCCCGCCCGUUCCCCAGACCUGAAUCCAAUUGAGCACAUCUGGGACAUCAUGUCUCGCUCCAUCCACCAACACCACGUUGCACCACAGACUGUCCAGGAGUCCAGGAAGACUAACAGCGCCGGAAGAAGAUGGCUGCCGUUUUACAGCCCUCUAACCAAUUGUACUAUUAUGUGUGUUUUUCCGCGUUAUUUGUAAUUUAUUUUGUACAUAAUGUUUCUGCCAUCGUCUCUUAUAACCAAAGAGAGCUUCUGGAUAUCAGGACAGCGAUUACUCACAUCGCGUUGGACGAAGACUUUUUCUUCAACGAGGCGUUCGCGAAGGAUAUUCUACAGACACCCGACAAGGCCCAGAUCCCCGUCAUUCGCGUGAGGAAGAGACGGAGAUAUCGUGGACGCAGAUCCGGGUGCCUUGUAAGGAUCCGACGGCGAACGAGUAAACUGCCUCUCCCAUCAAUCCUAUUAGCCAACGUUCAAGCUUUUGAGAAUAAAAUGGGCGAUUUAAGAUUACGGUUAUCCUACCAACGGGACAUUAAAAACUGUAAUAUCUUAUGUUUCACGGAGUCGUGGCUGAACGACAACAAUGACAACAUUCAGCUAGCAGGCUAUACGCUACAUCGGCAGGACAGAACGGCAGACUCUGGUAAGACAAGGGGCGGCGGUCUGUGUAUAUUUGUAAACAACAGCUGGUGCACAAAAUCAAAUACUAAGGAAGUCUCGAGGUUUUGCUCGCCUGAGGUAGAGUAUCUUAUGAUAAGCUGUAGACCACACUAUUUACCAAGAGAGUUUUCAUCUAUAUUUUUCAUAGCUGUCUAUUUACCACCACAAACCAAUGCUGGCAUUAAGAUUGCACUGAAUGAGUUGUACAAGGCCAUUAAUCAACAGGAAAACGCUCAUCCAGAUGCAGCGCUCCUAGUAGCCGGGGACUUUAAUGCAGGGAAACUUAAAUCCGUUCUACCUCAUUUCUACCAGCAUGUUAAAUGUGCAACCAGAGGGGAAAAAACUCUAGACCACCUUUACUCCACACACAGAGACGCAUACAAAGCUCUCCCUCGCCCUCCAUUUGGCAAAUCUGACCAUAACUCUAUCCUCCUGAUUCCUGCUUAUAAGCAAAAACUGAAGCAGGAAGCACCAGUGAUUCGGCUAAUAAAAAAGUGGUCAGAUGACGCAGAUGCUAAGCUACAGGACUGUUUUGCUAGCACAGACUGGAACAUGUUCCGGGAUUCUUCAGACAGCAUUGAGGAGUACACCACAUCAGUCACUGGCUUCAUCAAUAAGUGCAUCGAUGAUGUCGUCCCCACAGUGACCGUACGUACAUACCCCAACCAGAAGCCAUGGAUUACAGGAAACAUCCGCACUGAGCUAAAGGGUAGAGCUGCCGCUUUCAAGGAACGGGACUCUAACCCGGACGCUUAUAAGAAAUCCCGCUAUGACCUCCGACGAACCAUCAAACAGGCAAAGAGUCAAUACAGGUCUAAGAUUGAAUCAUACUACACUGGCUCUUUCGCUCGUCGGAUGUGGCAGGGCUUGAAAACUAUUACAGACUACAAAGGGAAGCACAGCCGCGAGCUGCCCAGUGACACAAGCCUACCAGACGAGCUAAACCACUUCUAUGCUCGCUUCGAGGCAAGCAACACUGAAGCAUGCAUGAGAGCACCAGCUGUUCCGGACGACUAUGUGAUCACGCUCUCCGUAGCCGAUGUGAGUAAGACUUUUAAGCAGGUCAACAUUCACAAGGCCGCAGGGCCAGACGGAUUACCAGGACGUGUACUCCGAGCAUGUGCUGACCAACUGGCAAGUGUCUUCACUGACAUUUUCAACAUGUCCCUGACUGAGUCUGUAAUACCAACAUGUUUCAAGCAGACCACCAUAGUCCCCGUGCCCAAGAACUCUAAGAUAACCUGCCUAAAUGACUACCGACCCGUAGCACUGACGUCUGUAGCCAUGAAGUGCUUUGAAAGACUGGUCAUGGCUCACAUCAACAGCAUAAUCCCAGAAACCCUAGACCCACUCCAAUUUGCAUACCGCCCCAACAGAUCCACAGAUGAUGCAAUCUCUAUCGCACUCCACACUGCCCUUUCCCACCUGGACAAGAGGAACACCUACGUGAGAAUGCUAUUCAUUGACUACAGCUCAGCAUUCAACACCAUAGUGCCCUCUAAGCUCAUCACUAAGCUAAGGAUCCUGGGACUAAACACCUCCCUCUGCAACUGGAUCCUGGACUUCCUGACGGGCCGCCCCCAGGUGGUAAGGGUAGGUAACAACACAUCUGCCACACUGAUCCUCAACACGGGGGCCCCUCAGGGGUGCGUGCUCAGUCCCCUCCUGUACUCUCUGUUCACCCAUGACUGCAUGGCCAGGCACGACUCCAACACCAUCAUUAAGUUUGCCGACGACACAACAGUGGUAGGCCUGAUCACCGACAACGAUGAGACAGCCUAUAGGGAGGAGGUCAGAGAUCUGGCCGUGUGGUGCCAGGACAACAACCUCUCCCUCAACGUGACCAAGACAAAGGAGCUGAUCGUGGACUACAGGAAAAAAAAGAGGACUGAGCACGCCCCCAUUCUCAUCGACGGGGCUGUAGUGGAACAGGUUGAGAGCUUCAAGUUCCUUGGUGUCCACAUCACCAACGAACUAUCAUGGUCCAAACACACCAAGACAGUCGUGAAGAGGGCACGACAAAGCCUAUUCCCCCUCAGGAGACUAAAAAGAUUUGGCAUGGGUCCUCAGAUCCUCAAAAAAUUCUACAGCUGCACCAUCGAGAGCAUCCUGACUGGUUGCAUCACCGCCUGGUAUGGCAACUGCUUGGCCUCUGACCGCAAGGCACUACAGAGGGUAGUGCGUACGGCCCAGUACAUCACUGGGGCAAAGCUCCCUGCCAUCCAGGACCUCUAUACCAGGCGGUGUCAGAGGAAGGCCCUCAAAAUUGUCAAAGACUCCAGCCACCCUAGUCAUAGACUGUUCUCUCUGCUACCGCACGGCAAGCGGUACCGGAGUGCCAAGUCUAGGUCCAAAAGACUUCUCAACAGCUUCUACCCCCAAGCCAUAAGACUCCUGAACAGCUAAUCAUGGCUACCCGGACUAUUUGCACUGCCCCCCCACCCCAUCCUUUUUACGCUGCUGCUACUCUGUUAAGUAUUUAUGCAUAGUCACUUUAACUCUACCCACAUGUACAUAUUACCUCAACUACCUCAACUAGCCGGUGCCCCCGCACAUUGACUAUGCAACGGUACCCCCCUGUGUAUAUAUAGCCUCCCUACUGUCACUUUAUUUUACUUCUGCUCUUUUUUUCUCAACACUUUUUUGUUGUUGUUUUAUUCUUACUUUUUUGUUUAAAAUAAAUGCACUGUUGGUUAAGGGCUGUAAGUAAGCAUUUCACUGUAAUGUCUGCACCUGUUGUAUUCGGCGCAUGUGACCAAUAACAUUUGAUUUGAUUUGAUUUGAUUUGAUUUGAGUUGGCGGAUGCUUUAGUCCAGGUCUGGGAGGAGAUCCCUCAGGAGACCAUCCGCCACCUCAUCAGGAGCAUGCCCAGGCAUUGUAGGGAGGUCAUACAGGCACAUGGAGGCCACACACACUACUGAGCCUCAUUUUGACUUGUUUUAAGGACAUUACAUCAAAGUUGGAUCAGCCUGUAGUGUAGUUUUCCACUUUAAUUUUGAGGGUGACUCCAAAUCCAGACCUCCAUGGGUUGAUACAUUUGAUUUCCAUUGAUAAUUUUUGUGUGAUUUUGUUGUCAGCACAUUCAACUAUAUAAAGAAAAAAGUAUUUAAUAAGAUUAUUUCGUUCAUUCAGAUCUAGGAUGUGUUAUUUUAGUGUUCCCUUAAUUUUUUUGAGCAGUGUAUUUUGUCUUGCCCAUUCACCCUCUCAAUGGCACACAUACACAAUCCAUAUCUCAAUUGUCUGAAAGGCUUAAAAUCCUUCUUUAACCUCUUAAGGAUCGGACAAUUUUUUCAAAUUUUCGCCUAAAAUGACAUACCCAAAUCUAACUGCCUGUAGCUCAGGACCUGAAGCAAGGAUAUGCAUAUUCUUGAUACCAUUUGAAAGGAAACACUUUGAAGUUUGUGGAAAUGUGAAAUUAAUGUAGGAGAAUAUAACACAUUAGAUCUGGUAAAAGAUAAUAGAAACAAAAAAACGUGUUUUGUUUUGUUUUUUUGUUCCAUCAUCUUUGAAAUGCAAGAGAAAGGCCACAAUAUAAUACUGCAGUUUAGGCGCAAUUUAGAUUGCAGUGUGUGUGCAAAGUUUCAGAUUGAUCCAGUGAAGCAUUGCAAUACUGGACUAUUUUGUAUGAAGUCUGCCCAAAUGUGCCGAAUUGGUCAAUUGAUACAUUUUCAAGGACAUAACUAUAGAGAACAUACAAAAAUGAUAUGGUAAUACAAAAUGUAAGUUUACACACUGAUGGAUCAUUAGCUUAUACACUAACUUUCACACAUCUAGAUGGCCGGGCGGGGUGGGUGUGGAGCAGAGACAGCAGGGAUGCAAACUGUAGAACCCAGUUCCUACAUUUGAAUAUAAAAAUGGAUUUUAUCGAACAAAACUAUGCUACAUUUUAUCUCUGGGACCCUUAGGAUGACAAAUCAGAGCAAGAUUACUGAAUGUAAGUACAUUAUUUACCUUCAGAGGUGAAUGUAUCAAACCAGUUGCCGUGAUAAGUUUUUUGUUGUUGUGCACUCUCCUCAAACAAUAGCAUGGUAUUUUUUCUCUGUAAUAGCUACUGUAAAUUGGACAGUGCAGUUAGAUUAACAAUAAUUUAACCUUUCUGCCCAUAUAAGACAUGUCUAUGUCCUGGAAAGUUUGCUGUUACUUACAUUCACAAAGCGUCUCAGAGUAGAAGUGCUGAUCUAGAAUCAGUUUUGCCUUUUAAAUCGUAAUGAACACGAGGGUGGCCCUGAUCCUAGAUCAAUCAGUACUUCUCUGAGACACUUUGUGAAUAAGGGACAGAGUUUGCGCAAAGCAGGCCAUACAGUAGUCUACAUACACACACAAGGUUCCAUACUUUUGACACCAUCUAGUGGAAUUGACUGAUACUUACAGUAAAGCAGCUCAACAGAUACGAUUAACUAAUGCUAUUUUUCCUCUGAAAGAGCAGUUUAUUAAAUUGGAAGCUUUUCAAUAGAUUUUUACAAAUUCAUUAGCAUUAUUCGAAAUCACACAAUACAAUCAACAGUAAUCAUACAACACAUAAUACAUCAUGCACAUAGUGGACCUCAUUAAUCUCUUAUAAUUUGACUGUGCAGCCAUUUGUUUUUCUAUGAAAACAAGUUAUUAUUUUUCAGUGACUCUAUUUUCAAGUAUUGUCAUGUUAUUUCAUUGUCAAUUUCAUAUUAAUUGUAUGAGGCCUGCAGUUUCAAGCGUAAACAGAUAGUGUCACUGUUGCAAAUUUUAUCAAGCUACAGUAAACGUGCCCAUUACACCAUAACACUGUUUGUUUUACAAAACAGUUCAGACAUGAGAGAAAUGGCUUUGUGAUGCUCACUGAGGUCCACUAUGUGCAUGAUUUAUUAUGUGUUGUAUGAUUACUGUUUUCUUUGAUUCUGCAGACAACCCUCUCCUAUCCAACAAGGUCACAGUAACAAUCAAUGUGCUGGAUGUCAACGAGUUCCCUCCAGAGUUCGCCAUUCCCUUUGACACUUUUGUCUGUGAAAAAGCAAAAGUAGGCCAGGCAAGUACAGCUCCUCUAUGAUAAAGUGUGUGUGUGUGUGUGUGUGUGUGUGUGUGUGUGUGUGUGUGUGUGUGUGUGUGUGUGUGUGUGUGUGUGUGUGUGUGUGUGUGUGUGUGUGUGUGCGUGUGCGUGUGCGUGUGUGUGUGUGUGUGUGCGUGCGAGCGUGCGAGAGAGAGAAUGAAAGAUAAAUAUAAUAAUUGUGAUAAUUGUCUCUCCACUUGCUUCUGUUGCUUAUUGUAGUUUAAAGCUCUUUGUGCUUUACCAGGUAAUUCAGACCAUCAGUGCUAUGGACAAGGAUCUUCCCGCUGUUGGACAGAAGUUCUUCUUCAAGUCCCCCAGGGAAAUCAGAAACCGAAAUUUCACUGUGCGAGACUUUGGAAGUAAGCCACAUUAUUUUUUUCAGAGAAAUAAUGGAAGGGAUACAAGAGAGCAAGAGAUGGAGAGAAGGUGAAGGAGGGGAUAGAGAGAGAGAUGGAGUGAGAGAUGGAGAGAAGGUGAAGGAGGGAAUAUAGAGAGAGAUGGAGUGAGAGAUGUAUAGAAAGUGAAGGAGGGGAUAGAGAGAGAUGGAGUGGGAUAUGGAGAGAAGGUGAAAGAGGAGAUAGAGAGAGAUGGAGAGAAGGUGAAGGAGGGGAUAGAGAGAGAGAUGGAGUGAAGGUGGAGGAGGGGAUAGAGAGAGAGAUGGAGUGAGAGAUGGUGAGAAGGUGAAGGAGGGGAUAGAGAGAGAGAUGGAGUGAGAGAAGGUGAAGGAGGGAAAGAGAGAGAGGAAGAGAGAGGCGAGAGAGGGAUAAUUAAACAGUUGUGGCACGUUCAGUAAGGAUCUUUGUAUAAAGUCUAUUGAAAGUAUAUACAGACUAUCUAUUAUGAUGCCGUGCCAGUGACUCGCUUCAAAUCUGUUUUCUUGAUACUAGCUCCCUACAAUAUCCACUAACAAUUGGUAUAGAAUACGUUUAGAGUUUUUUGUCACAACCCAGGGGACGCCAGGGUGAAAUUGUUUACAUUGAGCAAACCCAUACAGCCUUACCACCUCACCAUCCUCAGUUAGUAUUUUUCUAACACAGUAACACAUAAAUAUUAGGGCUGAUUCAGAGAGACAGCAGCGCUCAUGGCCAUCACAGCAAACAGGCACAAGGUGUGCUAUAAUGGCUCCUACCUUGUCAAAUGAGAUCAUUGUCCAGCCAGGCAGAGGUAAUGCUGUGUGACAGAGUCAGUUCACCACCACUAUCCUGGUGCUGGAGAGGAGGCAAGGCACAUCUCGACACGUCGUCUCUGUAAAAACACCAGGCCUGUGUUUGUUUCUCAGAGCCGUGCAUUGUUCUGCUGGCCCUUUUUUGUUUAGUUUUUUUGUACAUUCUAAGUACUCGCCUUCACCUUAUUUCAAAUAAGGCACUUGGCGAACAGCAAAAGCUGUAAAAGUGACAUUCUAGAUACAAGACCGGCAGCGAUGGAAAUCUUUAGUAUGGGCCCUAUAUUUCUCCCUAAACGAAGAAGAUUAAGUAAGAACUGCAGGUUCAUGCUCUACAACAUCCGUAGAGUACGACCUUUCCUCACACAGGAAGUGGCGCAGGUCCUAAUCCAGGCACUCGUCACAUCCCGUCUGUACUACUGCAACACUCUGUUGGCUGGGCUCCCCGCUUGUGCCAUCAAACUCCUGCAACUUAUCCAGAACGCCGCAGCCCGUCUGAUGUUCAACCUUCCCAUGUUCUCCCAUGUCACCCCACUCCUCCGUACGCUCCAUUGGCAUCCAGUCAAAGCUUGCAUCCACUAGAAGACCAUGACUCUUGCAUAGUGAGCAGCAAGGGGAACUGCCCCUCCCUACCUUUAGGCUAUGUUCAAACCCUACACCCCACCCAAGCACUCUAUUCUGACACCUCUGUUCUCUUGGCCGUCCCACCCCUACAGGAGGUCAGCUCCUGCUCAGCCCAGUUAAAGCUCUUCUCUGUCCUGGCACCCAAAUGGUGGAACUACAGUGCCUUGCAAAAGUAUUCAUCCCCAUUGGCAUUUUUCCUAUUUUAUUGCAUUAACCCUGUAAUUUAAAUGGAUUUUUAUUUGGAUUUCAUGUAAUGGACAUAAACAAAAUAGUCAAAAUUGGUGAAGUGAAAUGAAAAAAAUAACUUGUUUCAAAGAAUUCAACAAAAAAAAAGCCAUUGCUUAAAUUAAAAAAAAUAAGGAAACACGUUUGGUGUUCACCAAAAGGCAUGUGGGAGACUCCCCAAACAUAUGGAAGAAGGUACUCUGGUCAGAUGAGACAAAAGUUGAGCUUUUUGGCCAUCAAGGAAAACGCUAUGUCUGGCGCAAACCCAACACCUCUCAUCACCCCGAGAACAGUGAAGCAUGGUGGUGGCAGCAUCAUGCUGUGGGGAUGUUUUUCAUCGGCAGGGACUUGGAAACUGGUCAGAAUUGAAGGAAUGAUGGAUGGCGCUAAAUACAGUGAAAUUCUUGAGGGAAACCUGUUUCAGUCUUCCAGAGAUUUGAGACUGGGACGGAGGUUCACCUUCCAGCAGGACAAUGACCCUAAGCAUACUGCUAAAGCAACACUCGAGUGGUUUAAGGGGAAACAUUUAAAUGUCUUGGAAUGGCCUAGUCAAAGCCCAGACCUCAAUCCAAUUGAGAAUCUGUGGUAUGACUUAAGGAUUGCUGUACACCAGUGGAACCCAUCCAUCUUGAAUGAGCUGGAGCAGUUUUACCUUGAAGAAUGGGCAAAAAUCCCAGUGGCUAGAUGUGCCAAGCUUAUAGAGACAUACCCCAAGAGACUUGCAGCUGUAAUUGCUGCAAAAGGUGGCUCUACAAAGUAUUGACUUUGGGGGGGUGAAUAGUUAUACACGCUAAAAUGUUCAGUUUUUUUGUCUUAUUUCUUGUUUGUUUCACAAUAAAACAUAUUUUGCAUCUUCAAAGUGGUAGGCAUGUUGUGUAAAUCAAAUGAUACAAAGUAAUAUAUAAAGUAAUUUUAAUUCCAGGUUGUAAGGCAACAAAAUAGGAAAAAUGCCAAGGGGGGUGAAUAUUUCGCAAGCCACUGUAGCUUCCCUCUGAUGCUAGGACAGUCCCUGCCCAUCUUCUGAAAACAAAACAUGUGCACUUGUUUUUUCCUGCUAGCACUGACUUUGCUGAAAAAUGUACUUACUACAACUGUGAUAUGUGGUUGUCUCACCUAGCUAUCUUAAGAUGAAUGCACUAACUGUAAGUCGCUUUGGAUAAGAGCAUCUGCUAAAUGACUAAAAUGUAAAUGUAACUAUGUAAGUAAAUACAGGUAUGUACUCUCCGUUGCAUCAGGGUGAACACGCUUUGAUGGGCUCCCAUUUGGCUUUUAGACUCUGCGGGGAUAGAGACCAGACGUAUAGUGUUCCAGACUUAAUUGAUUGAUUGAUUGAUUGAUUGAUUUAUUUAUUUAAGACAUAUAGGUUAAUGAUCGUGUCAUUUGGUUUCCAGACAACACAGCAGGGAUAGUGACUAAGCGUGUGGGGUUCCAGAGGCGGGUCCAGGAGUUCUAUGUGGUGCCUGUGGUGGUGGAGGAUAGUGGGUACCCAGCCCAGAGCAGCACCGGCACCCUCACUGUCCGGGUGUGUGCCUGUGAGACCGACGGGUCCCUCCUGUCCUGCACGGCAGAGGCAGUCUUCCUACCAGUGGGCCUCAGCACCGGGGCAGUGAUGGCCAUUUUACUGUGCAUGGUCAUACUCCUGGGUAAGUCAUGUCUGUCAGUCAGAGAUUCUAGUGUAGAAACGCAGUAUUUCUGAACUUGUAUAUUAUUUCCAUUUGACACCCACCUUGACAAUGAUAAAUGGUAAUAAUGGUAGUAAUGGCUUCCCCCAAGUGUUCAUUUCCUGCUAUAGACUGUAAAUGCACGUUAUCAUAAUGUUAAUGUGUAUAAUUUUACACUAGGGGGAGCUGAAGUCCUAACGUACAGUAAUAUAAUUCAAUUGACGUCACAAUUUCAAAAAUGGCCCUUGAAACAAUCCCAUAAUCAUACUUGUAGGUCGAUUUAGCUCACUUAUCUUGGUCCAGCCAUUCCCCCCUACUUUUUCCUACUAAAGUAUAAUCUCUUGCUGUUGAAUAACAUAACACAGUGAGCACUACGGUAGUGUGGAGUAGGCUGCUGUAUUGUACUCUCUACUGUCUGCCACUGGGAGGGAGGAAGAGAGAGGGAGGGAGGGAGAGGUAGAGAUGAAAGCAUUGUGAAACAGCCUUUCAUCCUGUCUGACUACUGCCUCAGUAUAAUAGUGACAGAUGGCAUGUCAGAAAUGGAUCACGGCUGGCCUCAGGCUGUGAUUCCUUUAAGUUCUCCUGCUGAAAAAAAAGAACGUCUGAAGAAAAGAGGAAAUUAACUAAUGGCUCCUCACACAUGACAUCCCACUGUCUCUCUUCCCAUUGCCUCCUACAGUACUGUGAAAAGCUCUUCAAAUGCACGUCACUGUAUAUUUUAACUGCAGUACAUCUAUGUAUGGAGACGAUAAAACGGUGGGUGCGCUUGUUUCUUUUGUAUUGUAGUGAUCGUGGUGCGCUUAUUUCUUUUGUAUUGUAGUGAUUGUGGUGCUCUACGUGGGCCUGAGAUGGCAGAAGAAAAGGGAGACAUUGAUGUCAUCCAAGGAGGACAUGCGGGACAACGUGAUCCACUAUGACGUUGAGGGGGGCGGCGAGGAGGACACCCACGCCUUCGACAUGGGCACACUGAGGAACACCAAGGCCAUCAAGGAGCACAUGCUCCGCCAGGGCACAGGGUCAUGGUCAGAUGUCACCGCUCAAACUGAGAUCAAUGGGUCAACCCCCACCACAGAGGGCAGCACUGACAUCAUCAGGGACUAUAUUCACCAGUGUCUCCACGAGAACCACCUGGGUUUCUCUUCUCCGCCAUAUGACUCCCUGGCUACAUACGCCUACGAGGGGGAUGGGUCAGUGGCAGAGUCGCUGAGCUCCAUCGAGUCGUGGACGGCGGACGGCCGUGAGGACUUCAGAUACCUCAGCGAGUGGGGGCCAUCCUUCAAAACUCUGGCGGGGAUAUUAGACAAAGACAAAGCAGAUCCUCCCACUGUGGAAGUGGAGGAGAGCUGAGAGUACUUGUAAAGACAGGAAUGACAGAAAAUACUACUUGAUUUGCAAAAGUUAUUUUACUUUUAUUGUUUAUUUUUUUAAGACAAUGGGAAUAAAAUACAAG